AUGGAGAGCGGCACUGAUCGCGUCCGAUUCAACGUCGGCGGCAGGAUCUUCGAGACAACGGCGACGACCCUCGCCGGCGCCGGGCGCCAGUCCAUGCUCGGCGCCGUCCUGGACGAGGACUGGAACGUCAGGGGCGCCGCCGCCGGCGAGUACUUCAUCGAUCGGAAUCCGGCGUGCUUCGCCGUCCUCCUCGACCUGCUACGCACCGGCGAGCUCCACCUGCCGCCGACCAUCCCGGAGAAGCUCCUCUGCCGGGAGGCCCUCUACUACGGCCUCCUCGACCACGUCCGCGCCGCCAAGUGGAGCCCGCUCGACGGCAACCGCCUCCAGCUCGCGCGCACCGUCACCGGCCGCGCGCCCGGGGACGGCGCCGCCAUCCGCGCCGGCCCCGACGGCGGCUGCUGCGUCGCGCACGGCAGCAUGGUCCAUGUGUACAACUGGAUGCUCGACGAGCUCAAGCCCAUCACCCUCGACUACCUGCGGGUCAACGACGCGGGGUACAUGGACUUCGACAAGAUCGUGGUCACCGCCUCCGAGAGGCCGGGAAGAGGCGAUGGCGGGUUGGGCCUCUUCUCCUCGUCAACGGGGGAGCUCCGCCACCGGUUCCAGGUGACCCACCAGAACCAGUUCAAGAGCUUCACCGCCGGAGCGCUUACCUUCGACCACGCCGGCCGGAGAAUCUUCGCCAGCUGCAAGGGGAGGUUCAACGAGUACGGGAUCGGCGUGUGGGACCAGGUCACCGGCCAGCAGACGGACUUCUUCUAUGAGCUCGCCGGCACCGGCGGCGACACCGUCGCCCUCGGAGAGGCCGACAAGCUCCAGUGGCUGGAGGGCAACCGGUGCUUGAUGACGGCGACGCUGUUCCCGAAGGCGGACCACUGUUUCAUCGGGCUCCUCGACUUCCGGGAGAAGAAGGUGGCCUGGUCAUGGUCGGACGGCGGCUCGAUCGUGCCCCCCGACGAGAAGCAGGUUUUGGCCGCCGUCGCCAUGGAGGAAGGAGGGCCCUGUAUCUGCGUGGUGAACCAGUACGACGAUCUGGGUUUCCUGGACCUGCGCGGCGGCGCCGCCGGUAGAAGUAUCCGGUGGAACUCCCGGAGCCGGUUCAUGAGGGGGAAGAUGGACGGAAUGGACCUCUGUUUCCCCAAGCUGGAGGUCAACGACGGGCAGCUCUUCUCUUCCAUGAACGAGAGCAUCUCCGUCUUCAGCGGCCCGGAAUGGGUCCUCACCUCCCGCCUGAGCAGCAGCUCCGGCGGCUCCAUGAGCGAUAUCUCCAUCGCCGGCGACCGCCUCUUCGCCCUCCACAGCGACGAGAACGUCUUCGACGUCUGGGAGACUCCCCCGCUCCCCACCAUGUAA